UUCUCCUCCCGUUUCCCUCCUCUGCUCCCCCACCACCACCAUCCCUCCUCGAGGCAGAGGAAGGGGGAGGAAAAACUCCAAGCCGCGUCGCGGGCGCCCACACCACUCCUCCCUCCUCCCCGCCUCGCCCCGCCAUGGCCGCCGCCAGGCGGGCCCCGGGCGUCGCGCUCCUCCUGGCGGUCCUCCUCCCGCUCGUGGCCACUCCGUCCCGCGCCGCCACGCCGGCGAGGGCGGCGUCCACCGCCGCGUUCCAGCUCCACGGCGACGUCUACCCCACAGGCCACUACUAUGUCACUAUGAACAUUGGGAACCCUGCGAAGCCCUACUUCCUGGACGUGGACACCGGGAGCGACCUCACAUGGCUUCAGUGCGACGCACCCUGCCAGAGUUGCAACAAGGUGCCGCACCCAUUGUAUCGGCCUGCACAGAACAGGCUUAUACCGUGUGCAGAUUCUCUUUGCACUGCACUGCACAGUGGACUGGGCUCUAACAAGAAGUGCCCUUCACCAAAACAAUGUGACUACCAAAUCAAGUACACAGACAGCGCAUCGUCUCAAGGUGUGCUUAUCACCGACAACUUCUCGUUGCCCCUGAGCAAGUCCUCCAACAUCCGUCCCAGCCUGACUUUUGGGUGUGGGUAUGAUCAGCAAGUGGGGAAAAAUGGUGCGGUGCAAGCAGUGACAGACGGCUUGCUUGGGCUUGGGAGGGGAUCAGUUAGCCUUCUUUCACAGCUCAAGCAACAAGGGGUCACCAAGAAUGUCCUUGGCCAUUGCCUCAGCACGAACGGAGGGGGGUUCCUCUUCUUUGGGGAUGAUAUCGUGCCUACUUCACGCGUAACUUGGGUGCCUAUGUCUCGGAGCACAUCUGGGAACUACUACUCACCUGGCUCAGGAACGCUGCAAUUUGAUAGACGUUCGCUAGGCGUAAAGCCUAUGGAGGUCGUAUUUGACAGUGGUAGCACCUAUACCUACUUUACUGCCCAGCCAUACCAAGCUGUUGUCUCUGCGAUCAAAGGUGGUCUCAGCAAAUCACUUAAACAGGUGUCAGAUCCUGAGCUGCCUCUGUGCUGGAAAGGGCAAAAAGCAUUCAAAUCUGUGUUUGACGUCAAGAAGGAAUUCAAGCCACUGUCUCUGAGCUUUGCCAAUGGCAAGAAUGCUGUCAUGGAGAUCCCUCCUGAAAACUACCUCGUUGUCACUAAAAAUGGAAAUGCGUGCUUGGGCAUCCUUGACGGAACGGCACCUAAGCUGAGUUUCAACGUUAUUGGAGACAUCACAAUGCAGGAUCAGAUGGUGAUAUAUGAUAAUGAGAAAGCGCAGAUUGGAUGGGUGCGUGGACCAUGCACUAGGAGUGCCAAGUCUAUUCUGUCUUCCUUUCCAUGAUCAUUUCCCAUAUUAGAACCAUGAGCUCUUGAAUCGUUUCCAUGUACUGCUGAUGGAGUUUGUGAAAAUUACUAUCAUCAAAACUCCUCGGAAUGAUCAACUUCCCAACUGAAGAGUGCCAGCUUGUUACUGUCGGAAUAAUGCGUGUUACAUGUGAGGGGAUUGAGAUUAAGGAGUGAAGGUUAGAGAGGCAAUAGGAAGUUACUAACAGUGGCUGUAUGCUCCUUGUGUUCAUAAUGAAAUGGGAGUCCAUGAUUUAUAAGGUUGGCCUGAGUUGUUUUUUAUAUGCCAUUUACUUGAACAUCCUCUAGACUUCCAUUUAUAAUUAAGGACACAGAGAUGCUUAUUCCA